AGCAAUACAUAAAGCCACAACAUGGUGUCAGAAGUUCGAGCUGUCGUGUGAACGAAGACUGCAGUCGGGUGAUGCAAGUAAGCUAGCUGAAGAUCAGCACGUGCCGAAGCUGCCGACAACAUGGAGCAGUUCAAGCCGCCAUCACCGCUGCUGCUCACCGGCAAUUUGUCUGAGACGUGGCGCAAAUGGGAACAAAGAUUCCAGCUGUACAUGACCGCAUCAGUGUCCAGCUAUGCAGAUAAGUCGAUCCUUGGAGGACAAGCAUGUGAAGAGCUGCAGCUGGUGAAGCGAGUUGGGACAAUUGGAACGACAAAGUCUCCACAGCCGACCAAACCACCAGCCACCAAAGAAGAGCUCUUAGAGAAGUACGCAGAGGUGUUCACAGGUUUGGGUGAGUUUCCUGGAGUUCAUCACAUAUACACAGACCCAAACGUCACACCUGUGAUUCAUGCGUGCAGAAAUGUGCCACUCUCCAUAAUGGAGCCGCUGAAAAAGACACUGAAAGAUUUGCAAGACAGAAACGUGAUAACGCCAGUCAAUGAGCCCACAGAUUGGGUUAAUAGUCUGGUCGCAACACAAAAAAAGAACGGAACGCUAAGGGUGUGUUUGGACCCUUGUGAUCUGAAUCAAGCAGUGAAACUCCAGCAUUACUCCAUCCCCACACAAGAAGAUGUCCAUAGUAAACUGGCAGGAAAAUCUGUCUUCACCAUUCUAGAGGAAAAAGAUGGUUACUGGCAGAUCAAACUCGAUGAGCCAUCUUCUAAGCUCUGCACCUUCAAUACACCUUGGGGCCGGUAUCGUUUCCUCUGGCUCCCAUUCGGUAUAAAGUCCACCAGCGAAGUGUUUCAACAAAAGAACUGUGAGACUUUUGCAACAUCCCUGGUGUGUUUAUCAUCACAGAUAACUUGA